UGUGGCUUGUUGUCUUGUCUUGUGUUCGUUGGCGUCACUGUCAGGUCGUUUGUGUUUGUUCCAGUCCUGAUUGGUCUUUGUGCUUUUACCUGAGUUCCUGUUCUGGAUUUUCAUUGUUGGACUUCUCCUGGAUUGAUGGAUUUAGUUUGUUUUUCUGUAAGUUUCUUUCUGUUCACUCUACUUUUGUGUCUGCACUGGGUUCACCCACCUACAGCCCCACAUGACCAGGAUGGUGUUAAACAAGCCUCGAAGACUCCACAGAGUUAUCGACAAGACGAGGGAGGCCGUCACGGCAGCCAGGAGGGCUUCAGAGUCAGACGAGAUGACACUGUUGGAUUCUCAUGAGAAGAUGCUCACGAUGGAGCAGAGCUCGUGCACUGAGGAUCGUAUCCAGCAUGUCCUCGAGCGUUGCCUCUGUGACCUCGGACUCAACACUCCUGACAAGCAGCUGUGGAACGCUGGCCUUUGCAUAAACCGCUGGUGUUUGGAGGAACUCGUGAAGAGGGAUGGCCACAACUUCCUCAUUCUUUUACAGAAAGUACUGAAGAAGACAAAAGAGGUACUAGAGCAGUGUCGGUAUGAACUGGUGGUGCCUCUCACCCUCCUCUUCUCCUCAACGCUCCUUAAAGCUCCUCCCGUGUCUCCAGACUGUGGCGUACUCCAGGAGGCCUACCUCUUGUUCCAUAGUUUCCUGGCCUGGCCCGAGCCUUGCUGCUCGGCCAGCAAACGUCUGCUGAAUAUCAUCCAACAGGAGCUCCGAGCACCAGGUAUUUCAUUUCAAAGACUGGUGAGGGCAGAGCAGAGUGUUUCCCCUCAGAUCCACCACUCCAAAACCAUUAUGGUGCUGUUAGUGAGCCCGGAUGAUGACGUCCCUCCAGAGGUCCAGUCCGUCGCCGAGCAGCUGAGCAGCACCGAGCACUCCAACAGAGACGUCACAAUCACCCUCAUCCUGCACGGCUUCCAGGCUGCUCUGGGCACACGCGACCUCCAAGCUCUCCACACUGCUCUGGAGACGAAGAGGCACGAUGAGCUCGAGCAGCUCAUGAAGGUGGUGACCGACUGCAUGGAGACGGCAGCCUCUGCAGCAGAUCUCAGCACAGCUCGACAAGGUCUGAUACACAGCAUGAAGAGACUCAGAGAAAGCCUCUCCGCUCCUGCUCCCGCCAAUGGCUCAGAUACCGGGGCUGUCGAGACGUUCAUGCUGCCCUUCCCCAAUUGUCGCACAUGCUCCUGGGAGAACGACAACUUUGACUUUCUGAAUCACAUCCUCGACUCCGACCUGGACUCUCCUGAAGAGUGUUUCCUCAAAGGUGAAAUAGAGGAGGAGGACAUUAACGACACCAGCGUGGACGAGGAAGACGAAGUAGAGGGAAGCAAAGCGGACCGCGACUUUCAAAACCACCGUAUCUCCACCGCCUCCUCUUCCUCGAGGGACUCCACGUUUUCCAGCUACUCCCUCUCCUCCAGCUGGUCCGUCUCCACGCCAUCCGGCUCGUCGGGCAUAGAAAGCGACUUCAGUGAGGACACGACACAUGAGGACACAGAGGAAGGACAAGACAGUCAACCGAAGCCCAGAAAGAAACCCAAGAAGAAGUCAAGAUCGAUCUUAGGCGUUGAGCGCUUCUCCUUGCUUUUCAAGAACCCGCGCAGUCCGAGCGUUUGCCGCCGUGUUCAGAGUAUGGGCCACCGUGCGGACUUCACCAAAGACUAUCAUAAAAAUGGGUCGCAGCUAAAACACUCCUUGUGCAGACAAAUUCAUCCUCUGCGUGCAACCACUGCUGCCUUAGACCCUCUUUCCCCACAGAAGCACAUGUGCGUCCGCAGGAGGCCGAUCCUGAGCUGCGACGAAGGCGACGUGGCAGAGGUGCCCACCCUGGUCAAAGUGGUCGUAUUCGGAGGUGACAAAGAGGCUGGCAGGCUGGCCCGAGCAUACAGCGACCUGCAGCAGAAAGAGAGUAAAUGUCCACGACUCACCAGGAUGUGCAAACUGCAGUUUUACUUCGUUCCCACCAAGAGGAGAACAACAGGAAGUCCAGGACAGACGCCGACUGAAGGGCAGAUAGGAGGUUCAAACAAAGCUGCUGCCUCGGUGGAGUCUAAUGACAGUGUACUGGAGGAGAAUACAACUGAUAUAGCUCAGAUGUUGGGUAUGCUCGACCCCUGGUACGAGAGGAAUGUCCUCAAUAUGCUCAGCCUGUCCUCCGACGUCCUUUGUCAGACUGCCUGUAAAGACGGAGACGUCUCUGUGAGUCGCGGUAACGUGGAGAGUCUCCCCCUGCUGGCCGACUUGGUGCUUUAUUACUGUAGACAUGCAGACCAGCCGGUCCUGUUGCAGCUCUACCAAGCCGAGCUGACUCUGGCCGGAGGAGAGAGGAGAAGGGAAGUGUUUAUUCACUCUCUGGAGCUCGGACACAGUGCUGGGACAAGAGCUGUUAAAGCUAUGGGUGCUGCCAGUAAAAGGUUUGGCAUUGAUAAAGAGCGUGAGGCUGUCCCUUUAACACUAAGCGUCGCUUACAACAAGGUGGCUGUUAGUGGGAGGAGUCAGUGGAUGCAGACAGAGAUUGUUUGCACGUCAAUAAAUCUGUACAAAGCCUGCAGGAAACCCGAGCAGCUAGAUUCGAGAGUAGAAAGUCUGCGGCUGAUGAUGACAGAAGUCCUGAAGAGGCAGUGCUCCAAGUCUAAAAAGGGCUACAACCAGCACAUCUCCAUAUCAGAGGUGAAGGUGGACAAGGUGCAGGUGAGCAGCGGAGAAGACGGGACAACCUUCGCGGUGUGUCUGGAUCAGGAUGAGAAGAAGUUCAUCCAAAGUGUCACCAGGUGUGAGGUGUCUCUGUGCUGUAAACCAGGGAGCAGUUCAGACUGGAAGUCCUACAAACCUUUACCCGGCCAAGUCCAGCCUCUGCACCCGUCCUACUGCUCUCUGCUCUGCCUUCCCAUCACCUCGUUCACCGCCUCGUAUCCAUGACAACCUUCAAAGUGAAAGUUGCACUGUUGUAAUAAGAGACAGAUAUUUUUCAGGUUUGUCCUGUCGCUGAGGUGUGUCACAUUGUUGUUAGGACGAGGAUUGUUUUGUAACACUUCAUCACUCCGUGAACUCUCACCUGUCCAGGUGCUGUGCCCCGCCUCCUAACCAAUGCCAGCUGGGUUGAUUUUCAAAAUAAAAUACCCUGUGCAAAGUGCAAAUGGGAGACAAUUUAACUUGCAUAAUUAAUAAUUAAUCUGCACAUUUACAUAUUUAGAUGCACAUAAACAAGGAAAAAUCUGAGCAAGUUAAAGUUUGGCAUCCAAAUAAAGUGUCACGGAUUGUUGUCUACUGUUUCCUUUCCCCUCAUCACGUCUUUGAUGAUGCGUUAAAGGAUGAUGGUGUUGUUUGAAAAGGUCUCACAGGGUCUCUUGUGUUUUACAAUCUGCUGUCAGAAGCCUAAAACUGAGUACUUGAUUACUGAUGUGUACGUUCUGUUGAUUUAAAAUAAGCUAUUUAUUUUUGUUUUGGAAGUUUAUCCAAAAAUACAUUUUAUUAUGUUUUUAUAUCUCGAACAAUUGCAAUAAAAAUCAGACUUGAGUCA